AUGAUUGAUACCGUCAUAUCGGCCGAAAUUCCAGAUCAAACCAUCGACCCAGGAUUAUUCGAAGUUGUCACGAAAAAUAUGAUUCAUGGUCCCUGUGGUGAUAUUAAUCGAAAUUCACUUUGUAUGACUGAUCGUAAAUGUUCGAAACGUUUUCCAAAGCAAUUGAUUGCUGAAACAAUUACAGGAGAUGAUGGAUAUCCACAGUAUCGUCGACGAUCAAUUGAAGACAACGGUAAAUCAACUUAUGGGAAUAAGGGCAGCGAUAUGGCUGUUUUUGGAGUUGCUCCUGAGAAUAAUCAUGACGAAAUUUUGCAGUACCAAAUGGGGCGCUUUAUUAGUACGAAUGAAGCUGUAUGGCGUAUUUUAUCGUUUCCAAUUCAUGACAGACAUCCGGUUGUUGUACAUUUGGCAGUUCAUCUUGAAAACGGGCAACGUGUUUACUACACUGCUGCAAAUGCCGAACAAAGAGUAGUAGAGGUGGCUGUAACUACACUGACAGCUUAUUUCCAGUUAUGUGAAACUGAUGAAUUUUCCAGGACUUUGCUAUAUUCGGAAGUGCCUCACUAUUUCACAUGGAAUGCAUCAACAAAAAAAUUUCAACGUCGCAAACAAGGCACACCUGUUGAUAGUUAUCCAGGUAUUUUUCGAACAGAUGCUUUGGGACGCAUUUAUACAGUUAGUCCAGCUAAUGUUGAAUGUUUUUACUUGCGACUUUUGUUGGUGAACGUACAUGGUCCUCAAUCAUUCCAACAUUUACGAACUGUUAAUGGUCAAUUGUGCGCAACAUACCGUGAAGCAUGUCAACACUUGCAUUUGCUGGAAGAUGAUACGCAUUGGGAUGCUACGCUUCGUGAUGCAUCAAUUGUUUCUCCACCAAUUCAAAUUCGUAUGUUAUUUGCGAUCAUAAUAUCAACAUGUUUUCCAUCAAAUCCACUGGAAUUGUGGCAUAAAUACAAAGAUUUUAUGGCUGAAGACAUUUUGAUUCGACUUCGACAUCGUUCCAAUGAUCCUGCAUUGCUGCUGACAUUGGAAAUGUAUAAUGAAGCCUUGAUAAUGAUCGAAGAUUUGUGCCUUACGAUUGCAAAUAAGGCAUUAGGGCAAUUAGGAUUGACUCCACCAAAUCGUCCAAUGCAUGAUUUAUUUGAACGAGAAUUGCAACGCGAACUGCAAUUCGAUCGUAAUGAAUUGCGUGCGUUCGUACAAACGUAUACUCCACAAUUAAAUGAUUAA